AUGUCUGCAACUCAGCUCCCGAACGGCUACAAGUCGUUCGGCCCGAAGGCCAACUGCACUCUGGAGGUGUGCCCGCUCGAGGCCAGUCUACUACGCUAUCGCCCUUCAGUUCCAGUCAAUGGAACAUUCAUCGGACUCUUUGCUUUGGCCAUGGUCAUCCAUACUAUUCAGGGUCUUCGGUCCAAGAACUGGGGGUUCAUGGCUAGCAUGAUCGGUGGAUGCUUGCUCGAGAUUGUCGGCUACGUUGGGAGGCUAAUUCUCAACGAUAACCCCUUUUCUUUUGGUGGAUUUCUUUUGCAGAUUAUCUGUAUCACUGUCGGACCGGUUUUCUUCUGUGCUGCCAUCUAUGUCAUGCUAUCGAAGGUCAUCAUCCACGUCGAUCGCUCGAUAUCCAGAUUCAACCCGAAAUUAUGCUAUUACCUCUUUAUCCCGUGCGACAUCGUAUCCCUCAUCCUACAAGCAACUGGUGGUGCUCUAUCCAGCAUUGGAAACGAUAAAGCGGCCGUACAAAGAGGUGUAAAUGUCUCCCUAGCGGGGCUCAUCUUCCAGGUCGUCUGUCUCGUCGCCUUUUGUGCUCUCUUCGCAGACUACCUCGUCACCUGCACGAGGUCGAAUGCUAGACAACGCAUGACGAAAAACAUGAAACUUUUCUUGGCGUUCCUCUUCAUCUCCGCCAUCCUGAUCCUGGUACGAUGCUCAUACCGUAUCGAGGAACUGAAGGAGGGAUACUUCAGCCCGAUGUUCCGGAACCAGCCUUUGUUCAUUGGCCUUGAAUCUUCGUGA